CUCAGGAAGGGAGGGUGUGAGAAGAAUCUGACCAGAAGCCAGGCCUGAGGCUCCAGAGGACUCCUGGACAAAGCCCCUGCUUGCUAGCUGCUUCUCUGGUUCAGAAGACGAGGAAUCCAGGUGCAUGGCCUUUUCCUUUUUCUAAAAGCCAACAGUCUGGGUCAUCUGUGUUUUUGUCCCGUAAGAAGUGGAAACCCAGAGCUGUGGCCAUGGAGCCCUGCCGGUCCCUGGCCCUUCUUGCUGCCUCUCUGGGCCUGACUUCUUCUCUAGUUGCUCUGAGCACCGACUACUGGAUAGCGGCCACAGGCCCCAACUUCUCUGCCCACUCUGGCCUCUGGCCAACAAGCCAAGGGGUUCAAGUAGCAGGUUAUAUCCACGUGACACAGAGCUUCUGCAUCCUGGCUGUCCUGUGGGCCCUGGUGUCCAUGGGCUUCCUGAUUCUGUCUUGCAUCCCAGCCCUGUCUGCUCCCGGCCGUGGCCCUCUGGUCUCAACUGUCAUGGCUUUUGCUGCAGCUCUCUCCAUAUUAGUGGCCAUGGCAGUGUAUACCAGUACGAGAUGGAGCCAGACCCCAUCUCCCCAGGUCCAGACAUUCUUCUCCUGGUCCUUCUACCUAGGCUGGGUCUCCCUCAUCCUCUUCCUCUCUGCAGGCUGCCUGAGCCUGGGUGCUCACUGCAGAACCCGUCGGGCUGAGUAUGAAACCUUGUGACCAGCAGCCAAGGACAGCGGGGUCAGCAGGAUGUUUGGAGCCUUGUCCUCUCAGGAGCUACAGAAGGAAGGCGGAAUUCUGUCUCUGUCCCUCCCACCCCGCCUUCACUGGUUAUUUCGCACACUCAAUAAAAAAACGUGCUGAGAUCUAA